AGUUGAAGGUGAAAACACAUGCAAAUACAAACAUGUCUCCAAACACUCACACUCGCAUGCUUAUUAUUGUGCUUAUAUUUCUUCAUCUUUAUUGCCUAUCCUCUGAGUCGGAGUCUAUUAUUGAGUGCAUUCCAAGUGAGCGCGAAGUACUUCUAAGAUUUAAGCAUCAUCUCAUUGACCAUACAAAUAAGCUCUCUUCUUGGAAUGCUUCCAAUCCCAAUUGCUGCAAUUGGGAUUAUGUUGUUUGCAGCCAUGUAACUGGCCACGUCCUUCAGCUUCACCUAAACACUUCAGGGCACGAUUGUGAUGAAUUUUAUUCUUGUAUUGGAGGUGACAUAUCUGAUUCUGUGGUUGAAUUGAAGCAUUUGAAUUACUUGAACUUGAGCGGUAAUUAUUUUGGAGGUAAGCAAAUUCCUACUUUCCUUUCUGAAAUCACCUCCUUAACUCACCUUGACCUUUCUGAUUCUGGAUUUCAAGGAAAGAUUCCUCACCAGAUUCGAAAUCUCUCAAAUUUGAUCUAUCUUGACCUCUCACAUGUGGCCUGUGGAAAACUUCCUCAUCAAAUUGGGAACCUUACCAAUUUGAUCCAUCUUGGACUCCAAAGUAAUUCUUAUGAACUAUUAGUCAUUGAAAAUGCUGAUUGGCUUUCAGCUCUUACAUCCCUUGAAUAUCUUGAUUUGAGUGGUGCAAACCUAUCCACAUCACUUGAUUGGCUACACAUUAUGCAAGCUCUCCCUUCUUUGCAAGAGCUACACUUGCUAGAUUGCAGUCUGAGUGAUUAUAAGCAACCACCCAAACUUAACUUUUCUUCUUUGCUCUCUCUCAGCAUUUCUGUUGCCCCCAAGUGGAUCUUUCAGUUGAACAAACUUGUUUCUCUUAAAUGUCAAUCAAACUGUUACUCUAAUGAUAUUGAUAGUCCAAUUCCUGAUGGUAUUCAAAAUCUUACCAUGCUUGAAAAUCUUGAUUUGUCAUACAAUUUAUUCUCAUCCAAUAUACCAGAUUGGUUAUAUGGUCUUCAUCAUCUUAAAGUUUUGAACUUAGAUGAUAACUAUCUGAGAUGGACUAAUGCUUUUGGAAAUUUGACUUCUCUUGUUAGCCUUGAUUUGUCAUCCAAUCAGAUUGAAGGAGCAAUCCCAACUCUUUUGGGAAAUUUUACUUCUUUGGCUAGUCUAGAUAUUUCAGAUAAUCAGCUUGAAGGGGAAAUUCCAACCUUUUUGGAAAAUUUGACUUCUUUGGUCAGUCUUGAUAUAUCAGGUAAUCAAUUUGAAGGA